AUGGUUCAACUUCCAGCACCCCUGCUGUGCACAAAUGCCUCAAGUCAUGGAGUUGCGCUGCGCAUUUGGCUGAAUUCGUGCGGGAUGGCUGCGGUCGACCUCGAGGGCUACCAGCGAGCAUGGCGAUUGCGCCAUGGCUCGGCAGACGACGAGCUGAUGCGCCAGGUCUUCGGUCAAGAGCUCGACGAGCUCCAAAAGAGAAGCCCGCAGCUGCUGGACGUGGCGAGAUCGUACUUUCCCCACCUUACCUCAUCGACGUACGAGGCUCUGGCCCGAGAGCCCGAUAGUUUGCGCAUGGACAAGGACCGCUGCGAAAGGGAAAUGGAGCAGCUGGCCGUACAAAACUACAGCGCAUUCAUUGGCAGUGCUGAGGUCACGCAGGGAGUACGACAGGAGCUGUCGAGCAUUCAAGCCAGCUUGCAAGAGAUGGUCGAACUCCUGGAGCCCGCCCAGGAGACCAUCUCCCAGGUGCAGGAUAAAGCAGCAGGCCUGGGCACACGGCGAGCUGCCUUGCGGAAUGUGCUGACGCAGCACGGCGCUCUGCUCGAGCUUCUGGAGCUGCCUCAGCUGCUAGAUGCCUGUGUCCGGAAUCAGAUGUACGAAGAGUCCUUGGAGCUUCUUGCUUUCUGCAAGAGCUUGUUACAAGCACAUGAAGCUCGCGGAGAAGACAUCCAUGUUUUGACGCACAUGAAGCAUCAGGUGGCUGUGCAAAGGACUAAUCUCCGCGAUUCCUUGGCGGCGCAGCUCAGAACGGACAUCCAUCUUCCAGCCUGCGUGCGCAUUGUCGGCUUCCUGCGGCGAGUGCAGCGCCACUCCGAGGAAGAACUUCGUGAACUCUUCAUUGAGCAUCGCAGCAAGUUCCUGGAUACCCACAAGCAACAGGUUGAACUUCUUCGCCACAGCCGUGGCAGUGUGGGGACGGCGCUGCGGAAUGCAGCUGACCUGCUGCGGACGCACGUAUACGACAUCGGCACACAGUACAAGGCUCUUUUCCCACAAGACGACGGGCCCCUUGGGACUUGGCUCAACAGCCAGGUCACGUGGUUGAUGAUGCUGCUGCGCCACCACGUGCUUCCCUCGAGUUCGAGCGCGAGUGGCAAAGGCUCUGCAACGACACUCAGCGCCAAGAUCGACGCUGCACAGCUGACGACUGUUCUUCGACAGUGUGUCCAUGCAUCGUCUACGCUGAAGCGAUUAGGUGGGCAUUUCUUUCCAGCGGUGGCAGGGAUCUUCGAGGCACGCAUGGAGCAGUACUCCCGUGAGAUGCUAGACAGCGCCCUGCUGACCUUCCAUGCCGAGCUUGGGCGCUACGACUGGGUGCCUUCCACAGCCCUGGCAGGAGGCGCCAGCGAGGCGUCGGCGGGCUGGCUGCACCCACAGGCCUUAGAGCUCACUCGGCACCGCCCGUUGGCGGUCCUUACCAACGACAUUGUUCAGGCCGGCAUGUGUUUCCUUGUUUGCUCAGACGUUUACAACCAGGUUGAUCUUCCCAACUUCGUCGUCGAGCGAGUCGUCGCAUUCGUAGCAGCACGGGUGAUAGCAGCAGCAAUCGGCGUCGUAGUGGUGAUGGUGGCACAGCGGCAGUGGCAGUGGGAGUGCUAG